AUGAAGGCCACCCAUGCGAACACCUGUGCGAACAUGAAGCCUGGCAGAUGCUGUAGGCACUGGGCCUGUGCUAUCGUUUGCUUGCAUACAAAGCGGCGCACGUGUGGCCGUGCCUCCUUUCAGGAGCUGCGAAACUUCGAGGCCGCUUUGUCCGCAGAAGGUGCGGAGCUGCCGGGCCUGCGGGCGGCGGACAUGCCGCAGAGUUCGGCUGCACGGGGCGUGUUUGCCACUCGGAGCUUUGAGGAGGGGGAGCUGGUGUUGCGCAUUCCUCAGCGCUUAUGCCUGCAGGUGCCACUGACGCCGACUUCGGAGGAGCGGUGGCCGUGGCAGCCGCCGGCGCCGGACGAAGCGCUUCAGCCUGUGGCCGCGCUGGCCGGGAGGCUGCUGGAGUGUCGUCGGGGAGGCUCCUUGCCGCAAGGGUCUGCCUUCCGCCGCUACUUAGAUUUGCUGCCGGGCCUGCCUGCGCUGCACCCAUUGCGUGGCUGGGAUGUGAAGCUGUGUGGCACCCUGCGCCAUUUGCAUGCAGAGGCGAAGCGGCGCUUCACCUCGUGUCUAGCAUCGAGGGCUGAGUUUUCGGACAGCGACUUCCGCUGGGCGCUGGGCAUGGUGUGGACGCGGGCUUUCGCGCUGAGGGAUAGCCUGUCGCUGGUGCCAUACCUCGACCUCUUCAACCACUGGAUCCCACAAAACCGCGAUGACCCGCUGUGGAGCUGUCGCCUUCAGGAGUUUGACAACGCCGUGGGUUUGGUGGCAGACCGCCGCAUCAUGGCAGGGGAGGAGCUUAACCAUCUGUACUCAGAGGCCUCCGACGCCCAGCUGCUGGUGCAGCACGGCAUUCCUCCAAAGGUGCCGUCAGCGAAUCCUUUCAACGAGGCCUUGGUCCUGCUGGGGAGUGAGGUGCUGGAGUCUGACUCCCCCGAACUCUGCCAGGCGCGAAGGGCAGCUCUGGGCAAGCUGGGCUGGCAGCCUGCUUGCACCGAAUGGCCCUUUCUGGUGCCCAGCGACGCCCAGGAGGCGGGGAGUUUGCGUGCUCUAGCGUCGCUGCUGGUGAUGGACGUGGACCUCUUGCAGGCUGUGGCCAUUGGGGGCGCGAUCCAGCUGACCGCCUCUCAGCGCCGCCAGAGCUGCAAACUGCUUUCAAAGUGGCUCAAAGAGGCGCAGGACGACUUAGAGGACAGCCAGCCCUUGCUGGAGGAUGCUGUGGAGGUGCUGGCAGAUAGCAUCCAGCCUGUGUUUGCCUCCUUCGAGUUCGAAGCGCUCAGCGCGGCGCGGCGCUGGUCACGGAUGCUGGCAGAGGCUCUUCACUUCACAGCCCGCCACUUGCGCCGCGGCUGCUCCAGGCUGGCGCCAAGCCUCUGGGCCUCCACGGGGCCUUGUGCCUUGGAGGCUGCAGCACUGGCCAUGGCAGAUCAGAUGCGCUCGCAAGGCGUCUACCCUGCUGGUAGGCAAGACGUUGAAGAUCUGCAGCGGGUGUUGACGGAGCAGAAGCAGCUUGAGAUUGAAUUGGAGCAGGAGCUGCACGCGGCUCGCCUGCAGCAGCGGCGUCUCACCAUGCAGCUCUCGGAGGCCCAAGCACGCAGACGUCAGACCCAACAGCAAGCUCGAGCAUCUCAAAGCAUGGCGUUACCUGCAAAGGAGCUGCAAGACCUAGCCCAAGUGCGUCGCAACCGCGGCAGUACCCCACAGAGUCGCCGAACAUCCAAGGGGCAAAAGAGGACGCCGAGGAAAUCUCGAGAGUCCCCAACCUUGGGUCGUGUUGCUUUGCAGGCCGCGUGGUGA